CCGCCCCACAAUCUACGGGUGCUCCGGACAGAGUGUGUUCUUCAUGUGUUCAGCUCAGUUAUUUACAACAUGGCUUCAUUGAUUACCAAACAAGCUCAUCUACGCUGUAUCUUUAUGACUUGGAAAUGUCUAAGUGCGAAUUGGACAAAUACAUUAUUUGGAUCACAACGAAGUUAUGCUACGGAGGGAGACAGUAAGAUCCCCAAAAUAUACACUAAAACUGGAGACAAAGGUUUCUCAAGCACAUUCACGGGAGAGAGAAGACCGAAGGAGGAUCAUGUUUUCGAAGCGCUGGGAACAACAGAUGAGUUGGCGUCAGCUAUAGGCUUGGCCAGAGAGUUUUGCCUUGACAAGGGUCAUACGUUCACAGACCAGCUAGACAAGAUUCAAUGUGUGUUACAAGACGUGGGAUCAAAUAUUGCCACACCUCGGUCAUCCGCAAGAGAAAGUCACAUAAAGAAAACCAAAUUCAGUCCCCAGCCAGUAGCAGACCUGGAGAACUGGAUUGAUGCCUUCACACUGGAGCUCCCACCACUGACAAACUUCAUAUUACCUUCCGGAGGGAAGAGCAGUGCUGCCCUGCACGUAGCACGCACCGUGUGCCGGCGAGCUGAACGCAGCGUCGCUCCCAUCGUCCGCUCAGGAGAAGCAGACCCUGAUGUGGCCAGAUUUCUGAACAGACUGAGCGACUAUCUGUUCACUGUGGCCAGAUUUACAGCCAUGAAAGAGGGCAACUCGGAGACAAUCUACAGGAGGCCUGAAUGACGAGUCUUUCUGAAAACAGCUGGACCUUCCAAUAAGACUGAAUUCAUCACAGAUGUGGUCAUGUGAACGCAUAAUCAUGACAUUGUGUUUUUGAAUAAAAAAACUUGCCUGAAUUGGA